CUCGCUCGCAUUCGUUGGGUUCGCAGUGAGAAAACAAAAACAAAUUCACCUCCACCUAGCUGAACAUCAAGCCAUUACUCCUGGAAGUUCUGUGGUAGACCUUUGCGAUACACAAAGGGAAAGUGCGUUCUCUGCCCAGAAGUUUAAACUGGUUCUAAAAGUUGUUGAACUCGCUCUCUCGCGCAUCGUAACGUCGCUGGAAAGGGCGUUGUAAGUGGAGAGUAGCAACGGAGUUGGAGUCUGUGUUCACGGGGAUAGAUAGAAGUUACGGAAGUUCUUGUUAAGGCUCGCGUAGAAAUUUUGCACUUCCGGAAGUGUUGUAAUUCCGGUAAUACUGACCCGAAAAUUUCGAGCAAUUUUCAAGAACUUAGAACUUAGUGACAAAGUAAAACGUAGAAGCUUGGUGCAAAGAACAAACCUGAACGAAACAAAGGAUAACCUAACAUCGUGAGAGGAGAAGGAUAGAAGGAAAAGAAUCGAAAGAAAAUAAUCGAUCCUGUCUUGGUGUGUGCACCAGCACUGCUGGAAACCAUCUGUUUGAUCCUGAGUAGGAGUGUUUGUGUGUGAGUCUAAGCUUCCAGGAAUACAAACAAAACUAGUUUGUAGAAGAGAUCCCUUGAAAUCUGGUGAUUUUGUGUUGUUUCCAACCUCGGCCACGCCUGGAUGACGGAGUGGCGCUGCGAUCGGCCCAACAAGAAGAUGUCACUUUAGUGUGAAAGCAGGAAGUGCAAUGUAAAUGCCGCAAGCCAAUGUGUUCAACGAGAAAAAUUGCAUGCAGUACAUGUAAAAAAGUGUCCACCAAGUGAAGUAAAAUACAAAGAAAGUCAAACAAUAGAAGCGUGAGCAAGAAUAAGAAGAAACACAUCACACAAAAGAAGCUAGAAAAAGGUUCCAAAAAGAGCCAAUAGAAGAGAAAGCAAAGUGAAAAAGGGGAAAAAAAGUUCUCGAAUAUUUUGGGCCUGUUUCCCCCCUUCUGUAUCUCUCAUCUGAGGGUGUGUGUGUUCAAGCACGUGAAUCUAGCUGUGUGUGCGUAGGUGUGUCUGUGUGGCACAGUGCGUGUACGGAGUGUUGUUAGAUGCUAGCAACAGCGAUGGAUAACAAAGAGAACGUUUUCAACGCGGCUCGGGACGGCAACCUGGUUGUGCUGAAGCGAUACAUCAGCGGCCGGCCCCAGAACGAGACAGAGAUGCUGGUGACGGCCAAAACGGGCGGCGCCACACCCCUGCUGAUUGCCUGCCGGAAUGGUCACUUUGACGUGGUGCAGUAUCUGAUCAAACGGUGCCACGCCGACGUGGAACAGCCGGGUUCAGUGAUAUUCGACGGCGAAACGAUAGAGGGCGCCCCGCCCCUCUGGUGCGCGUCCGCCGCCGGCCACACCAGCAUAGUGAAGCUUCUAGUCCAGCACGGUGCCAAAGUGAACAGUACAACCAAAACGAACAGCACGCCGCUGCGGGCGGCCUGCUUCGACGGCCACUACGAGAUCGUCAAAUACCUAGUGUCACACGGGGCCGACAUCGAGGUCGCGAACCGCCACGGCCACACCUGCCUGAUGAUCGCGUGCUACAAGGGCCACUACAAGAUCGCACAAUACCUGCUCUCGCUGAAGGCGGACGUGAACCGGCGCAGCGUCAAGGGCAACACCGCGCUGCACGACUGCGCCGAGUCCGGCUCGCUCGAGAUCCUGCAGCUGCUGCUCCAGCACGGCGCCACCAUGGACGUGGACUCGUACGGAAUGACCCCCCUGCUAGCGGCCAGCGUCACCGGUCACCUGCCCAUCGUGGAACACCUCAUCAGUUUGCCAUUCGUGAAGCGGGAAGACCGGAUAGCGGCGCUCGAGCUGCUCGGGGCGACCUACGUGGACAAGAAGCGCGACAUGUUGGGGGCGCUCUCUUUCUGGAAGCGUGCCAUGGAAGAUCGCUACAACAACAGUCCGGUGCUACCGAAGCCCGUCCGAGAACCCGUGCCCGCGUACGACUUUGGCCAGGAGGUGAACGACCUUGGCGCGCUGGACGAGCUCGUGAUGGACCCCGAUGAGAUGCGCAUGCAGGCGUUGCUGAUCCGCGAGCGAAUACUCGGCCCGGUCCAUCCGGACACCAGCUACUACAUCCGCUUCCGAGGUGCCGUGUACGCCGACUCGGGCCGCUUCGACCGGUGCAUCGAGCUGUGGACGUACGCGCUGUCCAUGCAGCAGAACAUCCUGGAACCGCUGAACCCAAUGACCCAAUCGUCGCUGCUCUCGUUCGCCGAACUGUUCAGCUUUAUGCUCGGCGAAGCGGGCCGACCCAUCACCCGUGGCCGGAUCGUUCCGCCCAUCGAAACCUCGGACAUGUUGAUCAUCUUCAAGAAGUCGAUCCGCGAAGUUCAGUACGGCCAGCGCAUGCUGGAGCAGAUGCCGACCCACGAGCGGGACAGCACGGCGUUGAACCGGGCGCUGGUCAUCUCGCUGCACCUGGCCUGCCUGUUGGCCCGACUGCUCGACGAGGACGAAGAAGUGUGCUGUGAUAGCAUGAAGCACCAGAUUCUGCGUGCGUUCUACGAAUUAGUCAGUUUGAAGAUCGUGGCCAAGUCCGGCCGGACGGCGCUCCACCUCGCGUGCUACAAGGAGGCCGCACUCGUCGGUCGCUACCCCGCCUGCCAGCUGCCCUCGCCCCGCCUCGCCAAGGCGCUGCUCCAGGUCGGGGCGGACCCGAACGCACAGGACGAGGCCGGCAACACCCCGCUGCAUUUAGCCGCCCUAACGCGGCCCUGCCCGGCCGUGCUGGCCCAGACGCUGCUCGAGUACGGGGCGCACCUGGACACCAGAAACCUGGACGGCGACACGUUCGAGUCGCUGCUGCAGAACCAGCGCCUGCACGAGCUGGUCAACCCGGUCCGGUACACGCGCCUCUCCUGCCUAGCCGCCCGCGUCCUCCAGCGCCACUCGAUCGAGUACCACGGCCAGGUGCCCACGUGUCUGUACGAGUUUAUCGAUUCCCACUAAUGGGGAGGGGGGUAGAAGCAGAAGAAGAAGAAGCAGAAGCUGCCACCACCAGUAGUAGUCAGUCACAGUAGGCUAAGGCUAAUCCGAGUUUAGGAGGAGAAAACGGAAUGCAUGUGUGUUGUGAGUGAUGAGAGAGGGCGCAUCCCUAGCUUCCGCAACGAGACAACUUUCGGUAGAA